AUGCAAAGUGGAGGGUUGAGUGCCACUGCCCAACAUGUAGCUGCUCAAGUUGUAAAGCAGGCAUCAAGUGGAAGUUCACAACAAGGAAUGCCAUCACCUCCGAAAAUUGGACAAACAAAAUUGUCCAAAGUUAUCAACAAACCUGCGACAGCGAGCUCCACGGUGAUAACAGCAAGCCCGCAAACAAAUGUUAAUAGUACAACGUCAAGUGAGCCUACUUUGGAACAACAAAUUUACUUACAAGAUUAUCAGAAACAAAAGCAAACGUCACAAUUACAACAAGAAUAUCAACAGCAACUAAAAGAAUACGAACAAUCUCAAUUACAACAAAACGAACAAGCAAACAAGAAAAAGAAGAAGAAAUUACGAACUGUUUAUACUGCUAGCGGAAAAGCUGAUGUUUGGGAAGAUCCUAAUUUAGAACAGUAUGAGGAAAAUGACUUCAGAAUUUAUGCUAACAAUUUGGGCAAUGAAGUGACAGAUCAAAUGUUAGAAAAAUUCUUUCUCAUUAUCCAAGCUUUUCAAAAGCGACUGUAA